GUUUAUUAAGUUCAUUAACAUGGUCGUGUUUUGUAACAUUUCCCUUUAACAUGACGCCAGCGGUUUUAUGAUCUAGAAGCGCGUGAUUGCUGCGUUACGCAAAAUAACCGUCAACCAGAUAAACAAACACAGAUAAACAAACACAGAUAAACAGCGCAAAGGUCCAAACUCUGCUUAUCUACACGUGUUUAUGUUUUGAAAAAACAGUCUUAAGAUUUGUCUGUUUACUCCGCUGGAGUGAUCUAGACUGACCGCAGUCAUGUCCACUCAAGUGAUCAUCAAAGAUGUGUCUGCGGUGGCCGUUCGGGGCCCUGGCGAUGGCAUGGAGACGGACAAGCCCCCAGUGGCCCCUGAGCUCUCGGUGGAGGCCCCGCUCCUGAAGAUGCUGGGCUCUCCGAAGCCCAGUCCGAGAGCGUCAGUGGGAGUCCUGCACCUGGGCAAGGUGACCAGAGACACCUGUAUGGAGCUGGAGGCUGUGAGGAUCCUGGUCCCGCGGGCCGCUAUCAGCCGGAGCCCUCGCCCGGGGCCCCACGCCGAGGAGAGAGGGUCCCCGCAGCACAGGGACGAGCGUCCUCCAUCGCCAGAGCCGCUGGACUACAGGAGCGCACUGGACAAGCUGCAGAACUCAGAGCGCCGCCUGCUGCAGGAUAAAGAAGGGCUGAGCAACCAGCUGAGGGUCCAGACCGAGGUGAACCGUGAGCUGAAGAAGCUGCUGGUGGCGUCUGUAGGCGAUGAUCUUCAGUAUCACUUUGAGCGUCUGGCGCGAGAGAAGAACCACCUGAUCCUGGAGAACGAGGCUUUGGGACGGAGUCUGUCGCACACGGCCGAGCAGCUGGAGCGCAUGAGCAUCCAGUGCGACGUCUGGAGGAGCAAGUUCCUCGCCAGCCGCGUGAUGGCAGAGGAACUGACCAAUGCUAGAGUGGCUCUACAGCGGCAGACCAGAGACGCUCAGUGUGCCAUUCAGGAUCUGCUUCGAGAGAGAGACGAGUUCUCCAGAGACAUGAUGCACACGCACAGGUCUCUGGAGCAGCUGCUGGUGUCUCUGCAGUGGGGUCGGCAGCAGACGUAUUAUCCCAGCGCACAGCCGCUCAGCACCGGAGAACUGGCCACAGCCAAUCACAAGCUGGCAGACGCCAUCAACGCACACCUGCUGGGAAACAUGAAGAAGAGCCCCAGGUCAGAGCGGUCAGAGCGGUCAGAGCUCUGCAACACGCCGGCCGAGAAGAUGGCUGAGAAGGUGCUGCGGAGUCUGGAUCCCAUCUCUUGCUCUGAGAAGGAGCCGGAUCCGUCCGCAUGCGAGCCGCUUCACUCCCCGUUCCUGCCCGGUAAGAAGAGCAUCGGCCGCUUUCAUCCGUACACACGCUACGAGAACAUCACCUUCAACUGCUGCGAGCGCUGCAGCGGAGAGAUCAUCGUGCUCUAGAUCCACAGCACACGCUUUCAUCAGAGAACCAAAGAACUGUCCCUCAGACUCAGAGACUCGGCUCUGAACUGCACAGGUGUGUGCGUGUGUGUGUGUGUGUGGGGAGACACGUGAGUGACUCACACUGGACUGUAAAUCUGUCAUCGGUUAUUCAUCCUGAUGAUGUUUCUCACCUGCGUCAUUAGAUUUAUUCACUCGAACAAUGUUCAGCUGAAUGUUCAUGAAGUUUAAUAAUAAGAUAUCGGAAUAAUAAGAAAUUAAUCAUUAGAAAAUAAUUAAUAGGAAAUGAAUUACAAUAAUAUUUAGAAAAUAAUAAAAAGAAAAUAAUUUAAUUAAUACAAAACCAGAAUAAUAAGAAAUGAAUGAUCAGGAAUUAAUAAGACAUUAAUUAAAUUAAUAAGAAUUUAAAAUAAGAAAUUAAUAAGAAAAUGUAUUAAAAUAAUAAGAAAUUAAGAAUUAGAUUAAGAAUUUAAAAUAAGAAAUGAAUUAGAAUAAUAAGAAAUUAUUAAAUUCUCAAUUGGAUUAAUAAGAAAUUAAUACAUAAGAAAUGAAUUAAUUUAAAUAAUCAGAAUAAUAAUAUAAGACAUUAAUUGUUAAACUUCUUUUAGUGCUUUUUGUUUUACACAGUGAAAGUGUAUCGGCUCCAUAAUGCCAUAAGAAGCACCAUGAAAGUGUUAUUAAUAUGAGUGCAAUAUUCCACAUCUUCUGAACAUCCUGCGAAACUUCUCAUGUUUGUAGAAAUAAAGUGGUGUGUGUGUGUGUGUGUGUGUGUGAAACAGCGUGAGGACGAGUGAAUGAUGAACUGCUGAUGUAGAUUGUGAAGUGUUUAGUGAUGUUUUAAGUGUGUGUGUGUUUCGUUCAGUGAACAGUGUGAUAUGAGCUGAGUGUAGGAUGUUUAUAUAAUGCAGUGAUGAUGCUGUGACUGUAUUUCAUACUUCAUGAAUAUUCUCUCGGCUCGCAUUUGAAGUGUUUUCCUGGACCGGUGUAUAAAAUCUUUGUUUUUAAAGCAUUUCAGUGAUAUUUUGUCUAUUAUUUCUCUCUUAAAUUGCUAAAAUAAACAAUUUGGAGUGAAAAUGUUUUUUUCUUCUCUAUUUUUUUCCAAUAAUACGAGUAAAAACUGUAUAUUUAAUGCAAUGAAAUGAGAGCAGAGGAAAGAUUAUAACAGUUUGUCUACUAAUUUAAAACAGCAGAACUUAAAAACACAGCUAAAACUGAUUCCACUGUAUUUGUUUUUUUAUUUCAUUAAACAUUUUUUGCUAAAGAAAUUGUUUUACUUUACAAAAUUAUGUGAAUGAGGUGUUUUCU